GAACUAUUCCGUUUUUUAUACAUAUUGGAUUCCCUCGUCUUGUUAGGAAUUUUGGGGCUGUCAAAUAUAAGGUGAUUUUGAAAUAAUUUUUUAUAUUUUUCGGUUUUAUGUUAGUAUUUUUUGUGAACUAAAAAAGUGCUAAUUAAAAUUCAUUAAAAGGAUGUGAAUUUAUUAAUAAAAUAAAACACAUCUUUUUUUAUUUGUCUGUGGAUUACUUUCGUAAUUUUUUCACGAUAAAAAAACCGACUUGUUGAAGCUUUUUUUUCUUUCGAAAAUGGAGUUGGAACCUCAAGUUAUGACAAAUAAUAAUUUAGAUAUGUUAACAGAGACAAUGUUUUAUGAUAUUCUCACACAUACUUCGUAUCCAGUAAAUAAUUAUAAGAAUACCGAAAAAGAUGAAUUAGAAAAUUUGACGAAUAAAGAAACAAAAAUGUUGAAACAAAACGUGACGCUGGUAGGUUUUCCAGUAAGUGUAAUGCCACCGCCACCUCACAAGAUAGUUAAUUACGCAAAUAGUAAAGUAAAAAGGUAUCACCCUAGAGAUUCGUCGAGACAGAGGGAUACUUACCGACCCAUAUCGCCUAAAGGGUACGAUAGCGACGAGAGUUGUACAUCAUAUUCUUCAAGAGAAACCCCACCGCAUAACAGAAAUAAAUAUAACAACUCGAGAUUGGAAGAUAAUAAUGUAGUUUUCGACAAAUAUAAUCAAAAUUCUAAUAUUUACCACAAUUCUCACGUUCAAUAUCAUUCUAAUAUUCAACAAAAUUAUAAUACCAAUACAAACGGGUAUUUCAACAAAUAUAGAUAUACAAACAAUAAUAAUAAUAAUAAUAACAAUGGGAAUAAUACAAAUGGUCGUCAAAAACAUGGUAAUUAUAAACAUAGUAUGGAUAAUAUGAUAAAAAGGGCGCAUGGCUUAGUGGAAAGGUUUAAAUCGAGAUCGAACGUAAUGAAAAUAGAACCGAACCCUCCUACAUUAUCCACGGGAACACUGUGGGACCAACUUAACCAAGAAAUAUGGAACGUUUUCAGUAGUAGGGCUCAAAAAGAGAAAACUUACGAUAGCAAAAUCGAUUUAUGGAAAAAUCUAUUUUUAUAUAUAAGGAAAUGUUUAAAUAGUUACGGUUUAUUUAUGGUCGGUUCAACGAUGUCCGGUUUCGGUUUGGAAAGUAGUGACAUCGACAUGUGUCUAUUGACUAAACCGGUUUCUAGUGAUCCUCGAGCCGAUUCCCUACACCAUUUAAAUGCCAUCAAGCAUUUAUUGGCGAAACACGAUUCCGCCGGGGAUGCCGAAUUGAUAUUGGCCAAAGUGCCGAUUUUGAAAUUCAAAGAUAAAGAAACCGGUUUCGAAAUCGAUCUGAAUUGCAAUAAUUCCGUCGGUAUAAGAAAUACGCACUUAUUGUACAGUUACGCCCGAUUGGAUUGGAGAGUUCGCCCUUUGGUGAUCGUGGUGAAGAUUUGGGCGCAAGCGAAUUGUAUAAAUGACGCUAAAAAUAUGACAGUUUCCAGUUAUUCGUGGGCGUUGAUGGUCAUCCAUUAUUUACAAUGUGGGGUGGUACCGCCGGUGUUGCCGUGUCUCCACGGUCUCCUACCGGAAAAAUUCAAUCACCUCAACGAAAAUCACACGAUGGACGUCCAAGAAGACCUGCCGACGAUAAAAGAUUUCCGUUCGGAUAAUUUGUUGGGUCUUUCUCAACUUUUGAUCGGUUUUUUUCAAUAUUACGCCAAUUACGAUUUCAAUAAUUACGCCAUAUCGGUUAGAGCGGGUUCGAGUUUACCAAUAGACGAAUGUCGAUUCGCGAAAGCGCCCAAAAACGAUCCGCAUCAAUGGAAAUUUAUGUGUAUAGAGGAGCCGUUCGAUUAUACGAAUACCGCUCGGUCGGUAUUCGAUUUGGAAUCGUUCAAACAUAUCAAAAAUAUAAUAACGGCUUCCUACGAGGUACUAUCGACGACUAAAUCGUUGAACAGUAUAUUGCCGUUGAAUUCCAAGUACGAAAUAAGAUGAUGCUGAUCGUAUAACGAACCUAAAUAGUAUUGAAAACCUAUUCGGUUUUGCGUGGAUCUAUUUCUUUGUUUUUUUUUUUUUUUUUUUUUUAUCUGUAGAAGGAAUCUCUAGGUCGUCAUCGAUGGUUUUGGUUAAUUUUUGGUAUUUAUACAUCGUUUGAUGAUUUUUAGUUGCGUUCGGGAAUUUUUGUUGAACUUUCAAUAGUUUUUGUUGAAUUUUUAACAGUUUUUCAACAGUUUCUAUCAAUUUUCAAAUAGUUUUUAUCAAUUUUCCACCUUUAUACAUCAUUUAAUGAUUUUUAGUGACUUUUGUUGAACUUUCAACGAUUUUUGUUGACAUUAAUCAGUUUUUGUUAAAUUUUUCAACAGUUUCUAUCAAUUUUCAAACAGUUUUUGUCAAUUUUUCACCUUUAUACAUCAUUUAACGACUUUUAGUAGCUUUUGUUAAACUUUUAACAAUUUUUGUUGCAAUUAAACAAUUUUUGUUCCAUUUCUCACAGUUUUUCAACAGUUUCUAUUAAUUUUCAAACAGUUUUUGUCAAUUUUUCACCUUUAUACAUCAUUUAAUGAUUUUUAGUGACUUUUGUUGAACUUUCAACGAUUUUUGUUGACAUUAAUCAGUUUUUGUUAAAUUUUUAACAGUUUUUCAACAGUUUCUAUCAAUUAUUCAAACAGUUUUUGUCAAUUUCUCACCUUUAUACAUCAUUUAACAAUUUUUAGUAACUUUUGUUGAACUUUCAACGAUUUUUGUUAACAUUAAUCAGUUUUUGUUGAAUUUUUAACAGUUUUUCAACACUUUCCAUCAAUUUUCAAACAGUUUUUGUCAAUUUUCCACCUUUAUACAUCAUUUAAUGAUUUUUAGUGACUUUUGUUGAACUUUCAACGAUUUUUGUUGACAUUAAUCAGUUUUUGUUAAAUUUUUAACAGUUUUUCAACAGUUUCUAUCAAUUUUUCAAACAGUUUUUGUCAAUUUCUCACCUUUAUACAUCAUUUAACAAUUUUUAGUAACUUUUGUUGAACUUUCAACGAUUUUUGUUGACAUUAAUCAGUUUUUGUUGAAUUUUUAACAGUUUUUCAACAGUUUCUAUUAAUUUUCAAACAGUUUUUGUCAAUUUUCCACCUUUAUACAUCAUUUAAUGAUUUUUAGUAACUUUUGUUGAACUUUCAACGAUUUUUGUUAACAUUAAUCAGUUUUUGUUAAAUUUUUAACAGUUUUUCAACAGUUUCUAUCAAUUAUUCAAACAGUUUUUGUCAAUUUCUCACCUUUAUACAUCAUUUAACAAUUUUUAGUAACUUUUGUUGAACUUUCAACGAUUUUUGUUGACAUUAAUCAGUUUUUGUUAAAUUUUUAACAGUUUUUCAACAGUUUCUAACAAUUUUCAAACAGUUUUUGUCAAUUUUUCACCUUUAUACAUCAUUUAACAAUUUUUAAUAACUUUUGUUGAACUUUCAACGAUUUUUGUUAACAUUAAUCAGUUUUUGUUAAAUUUUUAACAGUUUUUCAACAGUUUCUAACAAUUUUCAAACAGUUUUUGUCAAUUUUUCACCUUUAUACAUCAUUUAACAAUUUUUAGUAACUUUUGUUGAACUUUCAACGAUUUUUGUUGAC